GUAAAGUCACCGGAGAUUGAAUCCACUGAAAUGUUAGAAAGAAGGAAAAAAAAAAACAUGGACUUGUUUUUUUUUUCUUUUCUUUUCACUUGUUUUGCUUUCUAUUACCCCUAUACAAUGAAUACACCAUCGAAACAGGCUGCCAUAUCUGCUUAUAGACAUUUAUUAAAAACACAAAAGGAAGUCUUUGGAAAGGAUCUUCGGGCUAUUCAAGCUGCAAAACGGGAAACGUAUGCAAGGUUUAUGCAAUACAAGGACGAAACGAACACUGAUAUUUUGGACGAGAAAUUGACAUUGGCAAAACAGGUAGCAACACUUUUACGACAAAAUGUAGUACAAGGCGAAUCAAAGGAUGGUCAACACUUUAAAUUAAAUAUUACAAAGGAUACCGAAUUAGGCGAUAAUGAUUCUAUCAAAAAUUCAAAAAAUAUUCAUCGCAAAGGCAAGAAACGAGCGACAACUACUUCAUGCUGUGGUGGACAUUAGGAUUGCAUAUGGUUACUAGUAGACUCUUUUUUUUUUUUAGUGUAGUAUUCCUAUUUUUUCUUUAUAUAUAUAUAUAUAGAUAGUUUCUUUUUUUGGAGUCUGGUGAAUCUCUCUUGGAUUGGGUCAUUCCGAUAUCAACAACAACAAAAUUGAAAAUAAAGCGUCUUCUUUUUCUUCUUUUC